CUCAUCCGUCACGAAACAUGUCACAGUCUUUUUAUUCGAGAAGACUGUCGGAAUGCCAAAAGGACGCAAAUCUCGUGGAAGGCGUGUCGCCCCGGCACCGCAUCUAGCUAGAAAAGCUGCUGCAAAGAAAGUUACAAAUCCUUUAUUCGAGAAGAGACCAAAGAACUUUUCAAUAGGUCAAGAUAUUCAGCCUAAAAGGGAUCUUACAAGAUUCGUAAGAUGGCCGAAGUACAUCAGACUACAGCGCCAAAAAAUUGUUCUGCAAAGAAGAUUGAAAAUUCCACCUGCGAUCAAUCAAUUCUCUCAAGCUCUCGAUAGACAGACUGCAACAGCAUUCUUCCGUUUGGCAAACAAGUACAGACCCGAAACAAAGCACGAUAAAAAGGAACGUCUCAGGAAACGUGCAGAGGAAAGAGCUGCAGGAAAGCCAGAUACACCCACUCGCCGUCCACAUGUUGUGGCUAGUGGUGUGGCUACUGUAACAAACUUGAUUGAAAGAAAGAAGGCUCAACUUGUUGUUAUCGCACAUGAUGUGGAACCCAUUGAGAUUGUUAUUUUCCUGCCCGCUCUCUGCCGUAAGAUGAAUGUUCCAUAUUGCAUUGUGAAGGGGAAAGCAAGACUCGGACGGUUGGUUCAUCGUAAAACAUGCACUUGUGUCGCUAUCACAGAUGUUAACAACGAGGACAAAUCUGGAUUGAGUAAGCUCAUCGAUACAGUGAGGACCAACUACAACGAUCGUUUCGAAGAGAUCCGAAAACACUGGGGUGGUCAAGUUAUGGGCAGCAAAUCAAUGGCUGCUAUUGCAAAGCAAGAAAAAGUUCGUGCGCGUGAAAUGGCGAACAAGGCUCAACUCUAAUAUGUCUAUACAUUGUAUUUUCAAAUACAAAUUUGAGUAUUUGCCUGCA